CCCUCCGCCUCCUUGCACCUCGCAUCUUGCCUCUCCUCGCUGCCAUCCCUCCCGCCAACAUCUCGCGCACACCCUCACCGCCAGCCUCGCACUGCCGCAAUCGGCUGCUCGCACACUAACGUCUCUGCAGGCACGCUCGGCGCAGCGUGCAUUGCCGUGCAGCUCGCGCCGCUCGGCCGCUUGCGACGGCACCACCACCCACUCGCCCGCUCUUGGCGUGCCCCUGCGGCUACGUCACUGCAGUGAGCCUCUGCCGCCGCUUCGAGAGCGCCUGUCGUCGACGUCUCCGCCGCUGCAGCCCCGAUCUGGUUGGCUGGACGCACUAGCGCUUGCCGCUUCUGCUGUCAGGUUGGCAGACAGCGCCUCCAGGGUCUCUUCCUUCGCACCACCAUCACCCACCCGACAUGUCCUCUGGCAACCGCGACGUGGCGUCCAUGACGGCCUCGACCUCCGCGCACACGCUCGACGACGUCGUGCCGGCACCCAGCCGGAUGCCGCUGCCGCACCGCUGCUCCAGCGCGCUGACGCGCUCGACGGGCUCCGAGCUGCCGCCGUCGGCCUCGCCCACGGCGCCACUGCUGCCGCUGCCGCAGCCGGCGCACGUCGCCACCUACUUGCCCAGCGGCUAUGUCUGCGACGACCCGCGCGGCUGCAGCUUCUCGGCCGAGGGCGAGUUGCUCAUCGGCGGCAUCGGCAUCGACGGCCGCAACACGCAGACGGGCGAGGAGGGCUGGGCCAGUCCCCGUGUGGCGCGCACGCCGCGGCGCAAGGACGGCGGCCUCCGCCGUGGACGCCUGUAUCCGGGUGCGGACGAGAGUGGCGACGUCUGUCUCAACUCGGCGGCGGGCUUCACGGCGUGCAGCCCGAACAACUCGUCGGCCGGCAGCUGUGCGUCGCGCAAGAGCGGCUCGGGCAAGGCGCUGCGCAACGCAUGGCGCCUUGUCUCGCGGCGGCCGAACUCCAUCAUCGAGGAGGAGCUGCCGGCGCCGCGCCCUGCCGUGUCUGUCGAGGACAUUGUUGAGCGCCGCACAUGCCGUCCAAUCUCGCUGCCCGACUUUCGGAGCCACUUGCUGUCGCAACGUCUUGGCGCUGCCGCUUCGACAUCACGCGUGACGCUGGAGCCAGAUCUCUCCUUCCUCGGUGGCGCACCUGUUCACGCACCGCGUGGUGUGCUGGACCUUGAGGCGCGCGGCAGCUCGAGCGACCACGAGAAGACGCUCGUCAACGACGACGUGCCCGUCGAGCACACGGGUAAGGGCCGCGCCCGCGUCGUCUCUCCGCCCGAGGGCGACGAGCUCGACGCGCUGGACUUCGUCGUCGCCGUCGACCGCUACGCACGCGAGUACCGCUCGCUCAGUGCCUCGCACAAGGCGCGCAUCCCGGAGCUGCAGCGUGGCGACGACGCCGCGUGCCGCGUCAGCGUCAGCUCGCAGGUGCUCAACAAGUCCGACUCGCGCAUCUCAAUCUCCGAGCAGCCGCUGCGCAAGCGCUUCAACAAUCUCGUCGCCACCUACGUCGGCGAGCUGGGCAAGCCGGGUCAGGCGCCGUCUCGUCGCGCGCCGCGGCUGUCCUGGAUGAGCGGCCUGGGCCUCAUCUCCGAGGAGCUGGUGCGCCAGACGCUCGCCGACGCAACGCUCACAACGCACCCGGACGCGCUCAUGGCGCUCAGCGUGGCCGUGACGGCGCAUCUCGACACGCAUGUGCUGCCGGCGUUCUUCGAGUCUGCCUCGCAGAACCUCGGCACCAAGGCCAAGCGCGGCCGUCUGGCCGUUGGCAUCGUCUGCACUGCACUCGCCAUCCUCCUGUCGGUGCUGCUCAUCAUCGAGCCAAGCCCGCUCUCGCCGCACUACCACACGCCCAACGCCGGUGACCGCGGGCGCGUCGAGCGCUGGUACCGCAUCCUGACGCUGCCGCUCUGGAUGGCCGGCUUUGGCUACAUCAUCGCGGCGUGGACAGGCGUGUGCGUGUGGCUCAGCCUGCGCGGCAACCAUGAGCCGGCCAAGGGCACCGAGGAGGCCAAGAUGCAGACGCCGGCCCACCUCAUCGAGGCAUCGACGGGCGAGAAGUCGGCGCAGGCCGACGAGGACUACAAGAGCGAGGCGGGCGGCGAUGCCGCUGCCGAGGCAGCCCCGACGCCUGGUCCGUGGCUCAUGGCGCCGGAGCUCAAGGCGCUGCUGCUUUACUUUGUGCCCUCGCGCUUCAAGCGCACGGCGGCCGAGGAUGCGCUCCCUCGCACUGCCACGUACGCCUCGACGACACCCGCACCGGCGCCCGUGCACCGCGCCGAGCGCACGACGUCGCGCGGCGUGCAGACGCCGCUGGCCGACCCGCUCGUCGAGCAGCGGCGCAUGUCGCCGAGCACGAGCAGCGUGCUGGCGCGCUCCUUCCACGUGCCCGGCCUGCCGCUCUCCGUCGGCUUCGUCUCGGCCAAGCCGACGCUCGAUGCCCUGCCGCGCUCGCCGCGCCUCGGCACGUCGACGGCGGCGCCGAGCGUGCACUCUGUCGCUGCGGCGCCUCGCUCCUCGCCGCGCACCUGGUGGAAGGCGGCGCUGAACUGGACCGGCUUCGCCACCGACACGGAGCAGGUGUUCGACGAGCACGUGCGCCGCACGCACCAGCUCUCGGCGCUCAAGGCGAUGCUGCAGUGCACCGUCCUCUCCGUCAUUGCCACGGUUGUCGUCGUCGCCAUCCCCUGAUUAUUUUCCUCCUGUAUCGCACCUCGGACUGUCUUCACUGUCACCGCUCUCACGGCCGCUCAAUGUCACCACCAUCUGUCC